AUGGACAUCGUUUAAUUUUAAAAAUCACCUACUUUAACUUCAAAUGAGGAAAAGUUAACAAAAUUUUCGGAAGAAACUAUAUCUGAAGAUGAAAAUAACUAAAAUAGCUAAUCUUAAUCAUUAAAUACAAUUACUACAAAUAACGACAAUACAUGUAAUAAAAAUGAAAAGGAUUCAAAAAUAAUAAAAAAAAAUAAUAAUAAUAUUUUCUCAUCAUAUUCUGAAUGUACUGAAUCUUCUGAAAAUGAUAUAAAUUCUUUAAAUUAAAAUUAAUAAUAAAUAUAAUAAUAAUAUCCUUUUAUGUUAUUUAAAGAAAUGAUAGAUACACGUAGAUAUAUAAAAUAAUAACCAAAAAUUAUUGUUGAUUUAUCAUUUACUAAAUACGAUAUAGUAAAGCAUGUAUGUGAGGAUUUAUUUAUAUACGAUGUUUAAUAUAAUCAUAAUGUAAAAAGUAAUUUUAACCUUUAAUGGAUUGAUACUUAUUUAUAAAUUGAAGAUUAUAAAAGAAUGCUUUCUUUUUAGAAAAUAAAUCACUUUCCAGGAAGUCAAUAGUUAGGGAAAAAAAAUUUACUAUCCGCAAAUUUAUUUAAAAUGAGAAAUAGUUUUCCAUAAAAUUACAACUUUUACCCCCUAACGUGGAUUUUACCUUAAUAAUAUGAAUAAUUGAAGAGAUUUCACUAUUAGUCCUUAAAAUAAAAGCCCUAUUAUAUUGUAAAACCGGAAGCCUGUUCUUAAGGGAAAGGUAUAUUUUUAACAAAUACAAUUGAUUAGUUAUAGAAUAAAGAACAUUUUGUUAUUCAAGAAUAUAUAAAAAAGCCUUUUUUAAUUGAUGGAUUGAAAUUUGAUUUAAGGCUGUAUGUUUUAAUUAAAAAUAUUAAUCCUUUGAAAAUAUUUCUCUUUUAGGAAGGUUUAGCAAGAUUUGCAACUAUUUUAUAUUAAGAACCAAAUAAAAAUAAUUAAAAUAACCUUAAUAUACAUUUAACUAACUAUUCUUUGAAUAAAAAACAUCCAAAAUUUAUAUAAAAUUAAUCUAUUUAACAUGAUGAUAUAGGACAUAAAAGAAGUUUUAGUUCAGUUCUUAAACAUUUAUAAGAAUAAGGACAUAAUGUGGAAUUAUUAAUGAUGGAAAUCAGAUAAAUUAUUGUUAAAAGUAUAAUUUCGGCAUAACCUCAUAUUUCUAAUUUAUAAAAAACUUAUUAAUAGAGAAACGAUGGUAAUGAAAUGUGCUUUGAAAUUUUUGGAUUCGAUAUUAUGAUAGAUGAAAAUUUAUAACCUUUUUUAUUAGAAGUAAAUCAUACACCUUCUUUUUCUACUGAUUCUCCAUUAGAUUUUAUUAUAAAAAGAAAUUUAAUAAUAGAUACAUUAAAUUUAAUAAAUACUUCCAAUAAAUAAAAACAAAAGUAUAUUUAAUUAAUUUUAUUUAACAAACAAAUUAUAUAUAUAAAAAAAAAGAUAUUAUAACGAAAGAGUAUAAUAAUAAAUACAUAAAAGAUCUUUUAUUAAAAAAAAAUUCUCCUUUUUGAACGGAGAUAUAGAUGA